AUGAUGGUGAUCCUGCUGAACUGCGUCACCCUGGGGAUGUACCAGCCCUGUGAGAACAUCGACUGCUCCUCCGACCGCUGCCAGAUACUACAGGCAUUCGAUGCCUUCAUCUACAUAUUCUUCGCCGUGGAGAUGGUGGUCAAGAUGGUGGCACUGGGCAUCUUUGGCCGCCGCUGUUACCUGGGCGACACUUGGAACCGGCUGGACUUCUUCAUCGUUAUGGCAGGGGUUGUGGAGUACUCGUUGGACCUGCAAAACAUCAAUCUUACAGCAAUCAGAACCGUGCGAGUGCUGAGACCCCUCAAAGCCAUCAAUCGGGUGCCAAGCAUGCGUAUCCUGGUCAACCUGCUGCUGGACACUCUGCCCAUGCUGGGGAACGUGCUGCUGCUCUGCUUCUUCGUCUUCUUCAUCUUCGGCAUCAUCGGCGUGCAGCUCUGGGCCGGGCUGCUGCGCAAUCGCUGCUACCCCGCGGAGAACUUCACCCUUACGACGGGCAUCACUCUGCCUAAGCCCUACUACCAUUUGGACGAGGAUGACGAGCGGCCCUUCAUCUGCUCUCUGGCGCAGGACAACGGCAUCAUGUCGUGCCAGGACGUGCCGGCCCGGCGGGAGGGCAACCGCGCCUGCUGCCUGGACAAGGACGACGUCCUGCACCGGCAGGCGCUGGGCCUCGGGCCGGAGCCGCUGGUCAACGGCAGCGCCAGCGGCGACGGCCUGUGCGUCAACUGGAACCAGUACUACACGCGCUGUCGCACCGGACACAGCAAUCCGCACAAGGGCGCCAUCAACUUUGACAACAUCGGCUACGCCUGGAUCGUCAUCUUUCAGGUCAUUACACUGGAGGGCUGGGUGGAGAUCAUGUACUACGUGAUGGAUGCUCACUCCUUCUACAACUUCAUCUACUUUAUCCUGCUCAUCAUCAUCGGCUCCUUCUUCAUGAUCAACCUGUGCCUGGUGGUCAUCGCCACGCAGUUCUCGGAGACCAAGCAGCGCGAGCACCAGCUGAUGCAGGAGCAGCGCGCCCCAGUCCUGUCGUCCAGCACGCUGGCCUCCAUGGCCGAGCCGGGCGACUGCUACGAGGAGCUCUUCCAGCUGGUGUGCCACAUGCUGCGCAAGGCCCGUCGCCGCACCGCCGCCAUGCUCCACCUGCUCGGACAAUAUCUGAGCUUUCCUGCAGCUUUCACCGUUCACAUGGAGGUCCAGGGGGACUGGGUCUUUCCACUGGAAGUCCUGCUGGAUAAAAGCCCGGAAGAGCUGACCAACAUCCUGGAGAUCUGCAACAUCGUCUUCACCAGCAUGUUCGCCCUGGAGAUGGUCCUCAAGCUGACGGCCUUCGGCUUCUUCAACUACCUGCGCAACCCCUACAACAUCUUCGACGGCAUCAUUGUCAUCAUCAGCGUGUGUGAGAUCAUCGGGCAGUCGGACGGGGGUCUGUCGGUUCUGCGCACGUUCCGUCUGCUGCGGGUUCUAAAGCUGGUGCGCUUCAUGCCGGCUCUGCGGCGUCAGCUGGUGGUGCUGAUGAAGACCAUGGACAACGUGGCCACCUUCUGCAUGCUCCUCAUGCUCUUCAUCUUCAUCUUCAGUAUUCUGGGGAUGCACAUCUUUGGUUGUAAGUUCAGUUUGAAGACGGAAGCGGGUGACACAGUCCCUGACAGGAAGAACUUUGACUCCUUACUGUGGGCCAUCGUCACAGUCUUUCAGAUCCUGACCCAGGAGGACUGGAACGUGGUGCUGUACAACGGCAUGGCCUCCACCUCCCCCUUGGCUGCACUCUACUUUGUGGCGCUCAUGACCUUUGGGAACUACAUCCUGUUCAACCUGCUCAUCGCCAUCCUGGUGGAGGGCUUCCAGGCAGAGGGGGAUGCAAACCGCUCCUACUCCGAUGACGACAGGUCCUCCUCUAACUUUGACGAGAGCGAGAAGCACAAAGACUCCCUCCAGCUGUCUGACCCCAAAAUCUGCACCCUGACCCCCAACGGGCACCUGGAGAUGGGCCCACUGUCGGUGGCGGCGCGGGGCGUGUUCGCGGCCGAGAGGAUGAGCUUCGCUCUGGGCUCCCGCAAGAGCAGCGUCAUCAGCCUGGGCAAGUCCAGCCUGGAACAGCGCUCCCUCUCCCUGCGGCACAGUCGGCGCAGUUCCGUGUACCACCACUGGGGGCGCCCUCCUCCCCCCGCCCACCCCCAGUCCCUCCUGAUGCGGCGCAGCAGCUGGAACAGCCUGGGCCGGCAGGCGCGCGGGGGCAGCCUCCGCGUGCGCGGCUCCUCGUCCGCACGCCUCUACUCCUCCGGCAGCGCCGAGCACGAGUCCCUCCUGGGGCCCCCCCCCCACCACCACCACCACCACCACCCGCCGCCGCCUCCGCACCACCCACUCCGCCCGCUCCACCCGGCCCAGCACCACCAGAGCCACCCGGGCCACGGGGGCCACGUGCCCCCGCCUCCUCCGCUGCUCUGGUCCGCGCGCCGCUGCCCGCACCGCCGCGACCGUCGCGCCCUCUCCCUGGAGCUGCCCGAGCUCCUGCAGGUCCCGGCGUGCGGCGGUGGCGGCGGCGCACCCCUCGUCCCCCUCGGCCUCCAGCAGCAGACCCAGACGCAGAUCCACCCGCUGCUGGCCCUCAAGAAGAGCUCCUCGGGGGAGAGGGCGGUGGGCGGCGAGCACCAGGACUGCAACGGGAAGGCCCCCGCCGGGCCCCAGGCCCCGCUCCUGGGGGAGGUGUUCCCGCAGGUCAACUGCCGCAAGGACAAGGGCGAGCUGGAGGAGGAUUCGGACUACACGCUGUGUUUCCGUAUCCAGAAGAUGAUCGAGGUGUACCGGCCUGACUGGUGUGAGACGCGCGAGGACUGGUCUGUCUACCUCUUCUCCCCACAGAACAAGUUCCGACUGCUCUGUCAGUCCAUCAUUGCCCACAAGCUCUUUGACUACGUGGUGCUGGCCUUCAUCUUCCUCAACUGCAUCACUGUGGCCCUAGAGAGGCCCAAGAUCCAUCAGGGCAGCCUGGAAAGGGUCUUCCUCACUGUAUCCAACUACAUCUUCACUGCCAUCUUUGUGGCUGAGAUGACAGUCAAGGUGGUGUCCAAGGGGCUCUACCUCGGCGAGCGGGCCUACCUUCGCAGCAGCUGGAACAUCCUGGACGGUUUCCUGGUCUUCGUGUCGCUCGUGGACAUUGUUGUCUCCAUGGCGGGCGGCGCCAAGAUCCUAGGCGUCCUGCGUGUGCUCCGGCUGCUCAGGACAUUGCGCCCCCUCAGGGUGAUCAGUCGAGCUCCAGGACUUAAGUUGGUGGUGGAGACCCUCAUCACCUCGCUCAAGCCCAUCGGCAACAUCGUGCUCAUCUGCUGUGCCUUCUUCAUCAUCUUCGGCAUCCUCGGGGUCCAGCUUUUUAAAGGAAAGUUCUACUACUGUGUGGGUUUGGAUGUGAAGAACAUCACCAAUAAAUCCGACUGCCUGUCUGCCAAUUACAGAUGGGUUCACCACAAGUACAAUUUUGAUAAUCUUGGACAGGCUUUGAUGUCCCUGUUUGUGCUGGCCUCCAAGGAUGGCUGGGUCAACAUCAUGUAUCACGGCCUGGAUGCUGUUGGCAUAGAUCAGCAGCCCAUCAUGAACUACAGCCCGUGGAUGCUGCUGUACUUCAUCUCGUUCCUGCUCAUCGUCAGCUUCUUCGUGCUCAACAUGUUCGUGGGCGUGGUGGUGGAGAACUUCCACAAGUGCCGCCAGCACCAGGAGGUGGAGGAGGCCAAGAGGAGGGAGGAGAAGAGGCUCCGCCGCAUGGAGAGGAAGAGACGGAAGGCUCAGAAGCUGCCCUACUACGCCAGCUACGGUCACAUUCGCCUGAUGAUCCACACCUUCUGCACCAGCCACCACCUAGACCUCUUCAUCACACUCAUCAUCUGCAUCAACGUGGUCACCAUGUCCCUGGAACACUACAGCCAGCCACAGUCUCUCGAGACGACCCUGAAGUACUGCAAUUACUUCUUCAGCACCACCUUCGUGAUCGAGACGGUGCUCAAGCUGGUGGCCUUCGGGGUCCGCCGCUUCUUCAAGGACAGGUGGAACCAGCUGGACCUGGCCAUCGUGCUGCUGUCUGUGAUGGGCAUCACUCUGGAGGAAAUCGAGAUCAACGCCUCACUGCCCAUCAACCCCACCAUUAUCCGCAUCAUGCGGGUGCUGCGCAUCGCCCGAGUGCUGAAGCUGUUGAAAAUGGCUACGGGAAUGCGAGCUCUACUAGACACAGUGGUCCAGGCCUUACCACAGGUGGGGAACCUUGGCCUACUCUUCAUGCUGCUGUUCUUCAUCUAUGCUGCUCUGGGAGUUGAGCUGUUCGGGGAGUUGGUGUGUAACGAGGAGUACCAGUGCGAGGGCAUGAGCCGCCACGCCACCUUCGAGAACUUCGGCAUGGCCUUCCUCACGCUGUUCCAGGUCUCCACCGGCGACAACUGGAAUGGCAUCAUGAAGGACACGCUACGCGAGUGCCCACCAGGGGAGUACAACUGCAACCCCAGCCUGCAGUUCAUCUCGCCCAUGUACUUUGUGAGCUUCGUGCUGACGGCGCAGUUCGUGCUCAUCAACGUGGUGGUGGCCGUGCUCAUGAAGCACCUGGACGACUCCAACAAGGAGGCCAUGGAGGACGCCGAGAUGGACGCAGAGAUCGAGCUGGAGCUCGCCCAGGGCGCCCUCUGCUGCAUGGGAGGCCUCGGCGCGGCCGCCGGAGGUGCUGCCAUUGCCGCAGCAGCAGCCGGAGGACUAGGGGCAAGUUUAGGACCUGGGGGAGACCGUGGAGGAGGAGGAGGCGCCGGGGAGGGGGGGUGCAGGCACCAGGGCGUCACGGCAGCCAGCCCCCACUGCCCGCACGGGGCGUCCAGCCCACGCCGGAUUGGCCACGAUGCCCGCAGUCGCCGCCGACUGUACUCGCCAGCACAGGAGAACCAGUGGCUGGACAGUGUGUCACUGCUCAUCAAGGACUCCCUGGAGGGAGAGAUGCUGAUGAUUGACAACCUGUCAGGCUCCGUGUUCCAUCACUACUCCUCUCCGCCAGUGUGUCGCGACUGCCACCACCACCCGCAAGAGAUCCAGUUGGCGGAGGUGGAGCAGGCGUCUCUGAUGUCGGAGCAGCUGUCUGAUAAGUCGUCCUCGCUGGCGCUACCUGAUGACCUCAGCCUGGACGACCACAGUGUGUACCAGCUGCUCGUCAGGGACAGCAAGGAGGAGCGGGGGAGCAGUGACUCCCACAGCUCGGAGGAGCUCCGGAGCAGCCAGGCCCACUGCGGGGGCUCACAGCCCCACAGCCCCCGGAGGGAGGAGGGGGAGACGGGCCUCCUGGACGUGGGCCUGGGCCCUCAGAGUCCAGUCCAGCGCCUCCUGCUGCAGCAGCACCAGCACACCCCAACGCACAGCCGAGAUGGUGGGCAGCUUGGCGGCCACAUCGGCGGUGCGGGUGGUGGCGGAGGCGGCGGAGCUGGUGGAGGGGUCAGCAGCAGCAGGGGUGCCUCUCCUCUGUUCCACCUCCCCGCCGAGUUCUUCCACCCGGCCUCAGCCGUGCCCCAGGGGAGUCCGGCGGCGGCGGCAGCAGCGGGCGUAGCGGCGGACCGCAUGGGCGCCUGGCUGACCUCGCCGGCCUCCUGGGCCUCCCUCAGGUCCCCGGGGGCCAACAGCAGAGUCAUCGGCUCACAGCACCAGUCCCACAGCGACUCCUCCUUGGCCACGGGCAGCUCAGAGGGCAGCCUGCAGACCACCCUGGAGGAAAGGCUGAGCUUCAGCAUCUCCCCACCACCGCCGCCACCACCCCUGUCGUCCUCAUCGUCACGGGACCGGGACCCGGCCUCGCCUCGGCCGGUGCUCUGCCCAGUCCCCCUCCCCAUCCCCCCGCCGCCCGCCACCCCUUCCCCCCGCCGGCAGCAGCGGUGUGGGGCCAAACCGUCUGGCGCCAGCGUCCCCCUCCAGGCCACCAGGGGCCACCAGCGGAGCCAGAGCAGUUGUGGGGGCAGCAGCGGUAGCCCUGGCGGCCCGCGGCAGGACUCCAUGGACCCCUCGGACAACGACGACGCUGGCGCGAUGGGUUUGGCCACGAUGGCGGGCACUGGCACGGCAGACUGCGGCCAGGCGGGCACCAACAGCGAACACUUGUCGGAGGCACUCAGCAGCCUGUCGCUCUCGUCGCUGCGCUGCUCUGGCUCGCUGGCGCCCCCGCUGGCCAAGAAGUGUAACAGCACGGGGAGCCUGGAACAGGGCGGGAGCGCCGUGUCGGCCCGGGGAGGCAAAGACUCCAGGCAGCUGGACGGUAUGGACCCCCAGGGGUACCUGCCUGCCCCAUGGACGGGGGAGGUGGAGGAGAGGGGCACGGCUGGGCGGGGGGGUGACCAGGGGGUGCCACCAGCAGGGUGCUUGGGGGUGAAAGGCAGCAGCCAGACCUUGGACGCCGGCUCUCGGAAGAACAGAUGAAACCUGUCACGUGACCCCCCCCC